AUGGCUCCGCCCCGCCGCCGCAACAAGACCGCCACGAAGGACCAGUACGCCGCCCUCUCGACCGAAGAGCGCAAGGCUGCCGGUGCCGAGGCCAAGAACCGCGGUAACGCUGCCUACACGGCUGCGGACUUCGCCACGGCCAUCAAGGAGUUCACGACUGCCAUCGCGUACGAGCCCCACAACCACGCGUACUACUCGAACCGCUCGGCCGCCUAUUUGAGCAACGGCAACGCGGCGCCCGCGAUGGCCGAUGCCAACAAGUGCAUUGAGAUCGACGCCAA